AUGGUUCCCUCGUUAUGCACGUUCCUAGCUGCCGCUGCCGCCGCUCUAUCCGCCACUGUUCAGGCCCUGCCGCAACAAGAUAGCAAUGGCGUAUCGCUGCUCUCGACAACCUCGGCCGUCGCCGCAAGCCCUAGUUCGACGAUAUCGAGCACCGGUUCGACGACAGCUUGCAACAACUCGCCCGACCUGUGCGCCCGCUCGUACGCCAACAUAACCCACAUGGGCGCCCACGACUCCUCCUUCCUCCGCGACGAGAGCACGGGAAAUUCGAUAGCCGGGAACCAGUACUUCAACGCGACGAUCGCGCUGGACGCCGGGCUGCGGCUGCUCCAGGUCCAGGUCCACGACAGGAACGGCGUCAUCCAGAUGUGCCACACGUCCUGCAGCCUGCUCGACGCGGGCCCGCUCGAGACCUGGCUGGGGCAGAUCCGGGCCUGGAUGGACGCGCACCCGAACGAGGUCGUGACGCUGCUCAUCGUGAACUCGGACGGGAAGAGCGCGGCGCAGUUCGGCGCCGUCUUCGCGCAGUCGGGCAUCGCCAAGUACGGGUACACGCCCUCGGGCAGCGGGUGGCCGACGCUGCAGGCGAUGAUCAGCGCCGGCACGCGGCUCGUGACCUUCAUCGCGUCGAUCGCGCCGAGCGCGCAGUACCCGUACCUGCUGUCGGAGUUCGACCACGUGUUCGAGACGGCGUUCGAGGUGACGUCGCUGGCGGGCUUCAACUGCACGCUGGACCGGCCGGCGUCGCAGAGCUCCGCCGCCGCCGCCGUCGGCGCGGGUCUGCUGCCGCUGCUGAACCACUUCAAGUACGACGUCCUCGCCGCGUCGAUCCUCGUCCCCGACGAGACCCUCAUCGCCACCACCAACAGCCCCGCCACCGCCGCCGACGGCAACCUCGGCCGCCACGUCCAGCUCUGCACCCGCGAGUGGGGCACCAAGCCCACCUUCGUCCUCGUCGACUUCUUCAGCGAGGGCCCCGCCGUCGCCGCCGCCGACGCCGCCAACGGCAUCACCCCCGUCGGCCGCUCCACCGCCGGCCAGGUCAAGGCCGUCGCCACCGGGGCCGCCGUCCCGAGCUACAACCCGGCCCGGACAGGCAGCGCCGCCGCCUUUAUCGCGGGCGUGGUGGCUAUGGUGGUGCUGGUUUGA